CGGCGGGCCUGCAGAGCCGGCGGGGAAGCCUCUCUGGGUCCGCACCUGUCGCUCUUCUGGGCCCUGUUUAUAAAAACCCGUGUUUCGCCUCGCCCUCUCUCCGGACCUUUCUCAGUUUCGUGAGCCCCACUGAUAUUCCCACGCCUGUUGCAUGCCUCAGUAUUCAAAGAGGCUGCAAGGGUUCCAGCUAGGCCCAGCUAGGUGUAAGAUUUUUUUUUGUGAAGAAAUGGCUUCCAGCAUUGGAAAUGAAAAGAGUGUGAAUCCUGUUCUCAGAAUAAGUCAACUUGAUGCUCUUGAACUAAACAAAGCUCUGGAACAACUAGUGUGGUCCCAGUUUACCAGCUGUUUUCAUGGAUUUAAACCAGGGGUGUUGGCUCAUUUUGAACCAGAAGUAAAAGCAUUUUUAUGGCUUGUAUUAUGGAGAUUCACUGUCUAUUCCAAGAAUGCAACUGUGGGGCAGGCUAUUCUGAAUAUUCAAUACAAGAAUAACUUAUCUCAGACAGAGAAAUACCAAUCUCUGAGCAAACAGCAGAAGUUAUGGUACCUUAUUUUCACUGUUGGUGGAAGAUGGUUGGAGGAAAGAUGUUAUGAUUUAUUUAGUAAUCGUCAACUGCAAUCUUUCUGCAAAAUGAAGGGUUAUAUUAACUUUGGAGCCGGACUUCUUAAACUCUGUGGACUUCUAAAUUUUCUGAUUUUUCUUCAGAAAGGAACAUUUGCAACACUUACAGAACGGAUUCUAGGAAUUAGGUCAGUUUUUUGCAAGCCGCAAAGUGUUCGUCAAGUAGGAUUUGAAUACAUGAACAGGGAGCUCUUAUGGCAUGGCUUUGCUGAAUUUCUCAUCUAUCUGCUACCACUUAUUAAUUUACAGAAACUAAAACUUAAAAUAUCUGCUUGGUGUUUGCCUAUUGCAGGUCUUUCCAAUAGUGAAAACACAUUAGCAGCUCACUGCAAGGAAUGUUCACUAUGUGGGGAAUGGCCUACCAUGCCUCAUACCAUAGGCUGUUCACAUGUUUUUUGUUACUACUGUAUUAAAAGUAACUAUUUAUUUGAUAUGUAUUUUACAUGUCCUAAAUGCAGCUCAGAGGUACACAGUCUUCAGCCACUGAAAUAUAAAAUGGAAAUGACAGAAUUGCGUGCCUGAUAUAAGAUUGAUUUGGUUUUUUACUGUACAUGAAAUAUUAUGUUGAAGAGAUUAAUGGAAAAAUUCAGAAGAUCUAUAAACAGACAGCUUAAGAGUGAUUUUGGAGACUGUAAUUUGUUGUAACAAAUGUCUUUACUGGUCCUAGUUUUUUACUGAGUAACAGCACCAACUUGCCUCUCUGAAGGAAAGAAAGGAGUUCACCAGAUCUUCUACUCUCUGACUACUUGAUCCCAGUUUGAUACCCCUAUCUUGUCAAGUCAUUCCUUCUUAGAUCUAGAGUCUGUCAGUCUGCCACUUUCUAACUGCAUGCUAUAUACUCCCCUCAAAGACGGAGAAGGUACCCAGUAAGCUUUUACCCCUUUUGUGGAUUUUCUCAAGCUUGUUGUAAAAGCUUCUGCCAUUAAAAACUUAGCUAGUAGAUGGAUUUAGUGGAAGAGUCAUCCUUGUCUUGCCUAAAGAAUUAAUUUUAAAUUUGAAUGUUUUAAAUUUGAAUUCCUGGUGUGAUGUUCCACUGCAAAAAGGAAAGGUGUAAGAUGAAUUGUCAUUUUAGCAGAUUAUUAAUAGUUUUCAUCAUACUCACCCACCAUAACAGGACAUAGACUUUCUCUAACUUAGAACUGCUUUCUUAUCAAUAGACCAUAAGCUUUAAGUGAUCCACGUGGUAAACCAAUAGAUGCUGCAUAGUUAGAAUGUGCCUACAGGAAAUAUAACCACUUCUUGAGCAGAUAUGGUGCACCUUCUAGACCUUUGUGAGAUAACUGGAAUAAUUUUCUCAGUCAGCUAUAUGUCUGUGAUCUUCAGUGACAUAUGUAUGACCACCUCCCACUUCUUCCUUUAAAACUGAGGGACGCAGUUCAUCAUCCAUUGGAAUGUGGCAGCUGCCCAAGGUAACCCGCAUUCUUCUCAGUCAGAGACACUGGAGAAAACUCAUUACUCACAAGAUGCUGUCUUUGGAACUUGCCCCUCUUCUUUUUUUUGUGUGGUCAAGAUGGGUGCCAAACCUCACUAAUAGCUUGCUACCACACAGAAGAUAGAUCAAACACAGUUAUCUGUAUGUAGACACAUUAAAAAAAUGUAGGUAACUCUUCCUGGUUUUUACUAUUACUAUGUGUUUUCUCUGCUGUCUUUGCAAUGUUUUUAUUAUUCCCUGUUUUAACACUUUAUCCAUUUAUUGUCUGACCUGGUUUUGUAGGUUUUUGGUUUUGUGUGUUUUUUGUUUUAAUUGCAGUCUUUUUUUAACAGGAAAUCUUAUCCAGAAGUAUCUCAUUAACACAAAAAUACCUUGCAUCCUUUUUUGGCUCUUAAAUCAAAUUCUCAUACUUACACAGUUAAAUGGAAUAAAUCACUUUAUGGUGACUGUGUUCCUGAUUGGCUAUCAUCAAUAAUCAGUCCCAAAAAUAGUAUAGUAACUGAUCCAAUAUCUUUGAUCUACUUUUAUGAGAUGGUUUAUUACGUUCUUCAGUGUCUGAUUAAAACAACCCACCAGCCUGUUUAUUUGAAGAUCUUAAAUUCUAGGUUUUGAUCUUUAGAGUGACACACAGCGCUUUCAUCUGAUGCAAUUAAAUAUAGUUAGUGGGUUUGUAAGUAUCUUUGGGCAGCCUAAAACUUCAUUAAUUCUGCUACUGUUCUGUGAGUCAACAGAGACUUCAGAGCAACUGCUUCCAGAUACUGUGCUGCAACAUAUUACUGGCCAUCAAAUAUGUGUAUCAGCAGCCUGACAAAUUUCUGUUACUCACCAUUGCAAUUUGAACCAGCAGGUGCAAAUCUGCUUUAUUAGAAGCAUCAAAACUAGCAAGUCUGGAGAAUAUUCUGGAUUCACUUGCUGGUCCUGAAGUGAUUCUCUAUGAGUUGUCCUUUCAUAUUACUAACAGCUCUUCCCAAAUAAAUACGUUAGCAACCCUGACUUUGAGCUGGUCAGUUCAACCUUUGUUCAGUUGUGGUCACAACUCAGAUUGAGACCAAGGUUUCAACUUGCAUAUUGAUAAACUCUUUCCUACCAGGUUAGCUUUUUAGGACUCCAAAGUGAAUGCUCAGCAGCUUACUUAUAGCACUGUUAAAUUAAACACAUACCUUUUUUUAUAUUGUAAUUCUGUUCUGCUGUGUCUUGAAAUAUAUAAACUGCAGAAGAGUCUUACUUGAAGAUAUUACAGAAAAAAGCUAGAUAAUUUGUAGGCUAAUCAAACGAUAAUUAAUUUUACAUACUAAUUGCAUUGAUCAUUUGUCCUCAUAAGUAUUAUGUUUUCAGUUUAAAACUCUCCUGUAACAAAGGGCUAAGAUACAUCUGGUGACGAUGUGUUAUCUGCAGUAGAGAGAAUAAAAUUUAGUUUGGAAUUUAAUCUCCAGUUAUUUUCU